CACAUAUGCCUCACUAACUAUUCUUUCAUCAGUGAGUGCCUCAAGUACUUCACGACUCCAACCAUGAAACUCCUCAUCCUCUUUGCUUCUCUUCUAAUUAUUGCAACUCCUCAUGCUCAUGCGAGAACCUUACAAGGGAUUAUUAAUUCCACAGGCGACAAGUUGGACAUGAUAAUUAGUGUCUACGGAAGGACAACGCCAAGCCCGCCGCCAUCUCCAUCAAAAGCUCCGUCUAAGCAGCACUCAGCAAGAGGAAACAGUGGCUCUUGUGACCAUGAAACCACACAUACUUACAAUAAUGAUAAAAUUAAAUGCCGAAGAGCUAAUGACUGGAUAAUUGGGUCACCUCCUCCACCACCUCCGGCGAUGGCCUUGGAAAGUUCGACGUGUAAGGAGCAUUAUCAGGUCAAACCCCGAAGUCCGCCGCCGCCUCCCAAGAGGGCUCCCCCAAUCAGACCGGGUAAAAUGAUCAGAACUCCACCUGCUCUUUGCAUGCCCGGAAGACCAUGUGGUGGUACUGACAGAUUUAUCAUGUAAAUCUAAUUAAGUAAUUAAGUCGUAACUCUCGAGAUUUUAAUGAAUCUAAUCCUCAAAGGUAUAGUUGCAGUUGUUAAUUAAUCUCUCUUGUUUAGGACGACAGCUCGCAAGUAGCUUAAU